AGCGAUGGGCAAACGGGGGGUAUGGGAAGAGGGGAGCAAUCCCUCACAGUAUCUCCGCCAGUCGCCUCGCCUUGUCAUUGGAGUCUCCCCACUUCCUCCUGAAGAAGGUAUCCUCGCUCCCAUUUCGCAGACGAGAAAUCUGAGGCCCAGAGAAUGACCCACAGAGGGAGCCAAUACCUGCCAAACCUGCUUUUUGUAUGUCUACCCCCGACCUCCUCCCUGUGCCCAGGCUGGGGGAGGGGCACAAACGCUCCAGGAAGCGAAGAUUCUUUGAACGGCCACGGAGUCGUAUUAUUUUCCCUAUUUCACAGACGAGGAAACGGGAGUCAGUUCUUAUCCAAGGUUACGGAGGCAGUAAGUGGUGGCUGAGAUGCUAGGCCCAGGGCGCUUUGCCCCUGCAAGCCCUUUGCCGCCAGGCACCGAGUGGGCGUGACCUCCCCCCCACCCCGAGGCUCCCGCCCGAAUGGUACAGUCCAGGCAGGUCCAUUCGCGCGGUAACAGGGAGAGAAGGGCUCGAGGCUCCCGCGCGCGUCCGGUAGUGAGGUCCGUGGACGAUCCCACUGUGCGGACCUACGGGGGGUGCCGCGGCCGGCGGCUUCCGGGCCGCAUCCCGACUGGGUCCCGGGUUACUGCGGGAGCGACGCGCCGCCGCACGGUGUGGGUGGAGCCCCGCCGCGGCCCCAGGAUUGUGAGCCCCGGCCCAGCCCCUCCACCUCCCUGCCCCCCUGAUGCGACCAUGGGCUCUGGCAGUGACUAGGUGGCCACCAUCUGCCCCUGUGGCUCAGCGACAAAUUUCCACAGGGCCCAGCAGCACUCCAGGCCAGCUCUGGGGAAGCCUCGGCCGUCAGGGCCCCCUGGCCAGCCUGCCUGCCCAGGAUGAGCGCUUACCCUCCCAGCAGCCGCUGCCCCGACCACCACACCUCCCCAUAGAGGAGCACCGAGCCUCGGCUCCUGCCGGCAGGAGCCCCCGAAUGCUGCACCCAGCCUCUCAGCAGAGCCCGUUCAUGGUUGAUCUCCACGAGCAGGUGCACCAGGGACCUGUCCCUCUGUCCUACACAGUCACCACAGUGACCACCCAAGGCUUCCCCUUGCCUACAGGCCAACACAUCCCUGGCUGCAGUGCCCAGCAGCUCCCAGCAUGCUCCGUGAUGUUCAGUGGGCAGCACUACCCACUCUGCUGCCUCCCACCUCCGCAGCUGAUCCAGGCAUGCACCAUGCAGCAGCUCCCUGUGCCCUAUCAGACCUACCCCCACCUCAUCUCCAGUGACCACUACAUCCUGCACCCCCCACCGCCUGCCCCACCACCCCAGCCUGCCCACAUGGCACCUCUUGGGCAGUUUGUAUCGCUGCAGACUCAGCACCCACGGAUGCCCUUGCAGCGCCUGGACAAUGACGUGGACCUGCGGGGGGACCAGCACCCCCUGGGCAGCUUCACCUACUCCACCUCUGCCCCCGGCCCAGCCUUGUCGCCGUCAGUGCCCCUGCACUAUUUGCCCCAUGAUCCUCUACACCAGGAGCUGUCCUUUGGUGUGCCAUAUUCCCACAUGAUGCCACGGAGACUGGGCACCCAAAGAUACCGCCUGCAGCAGCCACUGCCCCCACCUCCGCCUCCACCUCCUUAUUACCCCAGCUUCCUGCCCUACUUCCUUUCGAUGCUGCCAAUGUCACCAACAGCAAUGGGACCCACCAUCAGCCUGGAUCUAGAUGUGGACGAUGUAGAGAUGGAGAACUAUGAGGCCCUCCUGAACCUGGCGGAGCGGCUGGGAGAUGCCAAGCCCAGAGGCCUCACCAAAGCAGAUAUAGAGCAGCUCCCGUCCUACCGCUUUAACCCGGACAGUCACCAGUCAGAGCAGACGCUGUGUGUGGUCUGCUUCAGUGACUUUGAGGCACGACAGCUGCUCCGAGUCCUCCCCUGCAACCACGAGUUCCAUACCAAGUGUGUGGACAAGUGGUUGAAGGCCAACCGGACAUGUCCCAUCUGCCGGGCCGACGCCUCUGAGGUGCCCAGGGAGACUGAGUGAGAUCCUACGGCUGCCCAUGAGAACCCUGGCCGAAGCUCUGGAAACUAGGGAUGGAGGGGGCCAGGCCUGCCUCAUUGUUCCCACCUGCGACUCCAGAGCUGGUGACAGGGUCACCCCACGAGAAGCGCCUGCAAUAAGCCCCCUGCAUUUGCCAAGCUCCAAAGACUCCUACCCCAUCUGCCUGCCUGUGCCCACCAUGGAGCUGCCUGGGUGUGCCCACCUCAGUCUCCCUCCUGUUUUCCCCAGGGUGGUCCUUCCUGCCGGCACUGGGAGCCAGGGUCUGCUCCCUCAGUGUGGCUGGAGGAAUCCUUGAUGCCAGGGUGAGCAAAGUGGUCGCUAUCCUGGGUCACCUAGUCUCUGCACUGAAAUGCUGUGCCCACUGCCCAGGUGGCACUGCUCCAGGUAUGCGGUGAGAUAGUGGCCUAGGGCCAUUUUCUAAGUCCCAGGGCUGAGUUGUCCUUCUGGACCCCAGAGAGACUCAGGCAGCCAGCCCACCUGGACUGCUGUGCAGUGAGUCUGGCUCCCUGAGGACCCUCAGCCUAGGCACAGCAUUCCAGCCCCAGGUUGGAAGGCGUGCCCAGCCAGGCUUCUUGAGCACCUGGGGCCCAUGUGCCCCAGGGCCAUGCUGGGCAGAGCAAGUCCCUGUGUUCUGGUGACAGCUCCUCCACCAGUGACAGGGUCCAACCAUGCCUGAUAUCCCCACUCUGUCAUUUUUGCAUGAAUGUGAGGCGCAGCAGUUUUUGUUUAUUCAUUUGGCCCAAAAUUGUGUGUAGAAUUUGGGGGUGUGGAUAUUUAAGACAAUUUUUUUCUUUUGAUUGAAGGAGGGAGGGUACUGGGACCAACCAGGACUGAAUGCCCAGGGGGUGCCAAGGAGGUCAGGUGGUGCUGCCUGGCCUGCAUGUAUGUGUGCAGCUGGCGCUGCACUGGGUGGCUGGCGGUCAUGGGUCAGGGUUGGGGGUCUGUGCUCAGCUGACAACUGCCAUGCACUGUACUGCACAUGUCCCUAGAGCCUACCAGGGACCGUACGCUUUUCAGGGCAUUUCUUCCUCUCCAGACAGGGCCCAUCUCCCACCUGCCUGGGUGACUCUCCAAGGAAUCCCAGGAAGACAGGGACCAGGGAGAGGGCCAGGGGACUCCCUCCCAACCUGGUCCCUGUCUUCCAGAGUCUAGAGGAGACGCCUGUAGGGCCCAGCCAAGCUCCCUUUCCUCUUUCCCUGGCUCUAUUCCCUUCUGUACCCCAGCUGGGGUUGCUGCCCUGAACGAACUGCGUGUGGGGCGGCACAUCCUAGCAGGCAGCCCUUGGCGCCUGCUGCCUCAGGGAUGCUCCAACCACCCUCGUUCUCCCCGCAGCGGCCCUGGCUCCCUGCCUCCCAUCCCAGCCUGCCAUGGGACCCAUCAGCCUGGUCCCACCCCGUGGAGAACCCAAAGUCUUACUGUAUAUAACUCCAGGUGACAUUUCUAUAUAUUUAUAGCAGUGUUGAAAAACCCACGUGUUUUACACAGAGCACCACCCUCUCCAACCCCCCUCCCUUCCCCACCCCAACAAAAGGUUUUCAAACCCUUAUGCUUCCUGGGGCAGGUGGAAACGGCUCAUGGAUUGUGUUGGCUGCAGAGGUGAUUCCAACGGGCAGCUAAUGGGGGAACAGCAUUUUUAAAAAAAAAAAAAAAAUCAUAAAAAAAAGAUUUAUGAAACAAUUAUUUAGGAUGUUUGUGAUUUGCUGACCUUGCUAUAGAUGCCACGUUACCAAUGAUCUCCUGUGGUGGGGCUGUCACUGUUUACUCUCUUUAUUUACCAACUUCCGGCCUAGGCAUGACAGUGGGCACCUUCCCCCAGCACUGGCUGGGCCCAGCGCCUGUGUUCUGUGUUAAAAAGGUUUUAUAUAUAUGUAAUUACAUAUAUGUAGAAAUAUAUGUAAUUUUGGGGGGCCCUGUUCCUUGCACAUUUUACAGUUACCUCAUUUUCCCCAUAUAUGUAUUUGAGAAAAUGCUAAUAUAUAGAGAAAAAAAUGGUUCUUAAAGCUUAAAUGUGUGGUUUUUUUCCCAUUCCAUUGGAUUCACAUUGGUUUGUAGCAUUUAACAUGACUAGUAUGUUGUAUUAUAUAUAUGUGUAUACUGAUUGAAAUUUUUAACAGAUUUGUACUUUUUUUAAAAUGAAAGUUGCUAGUUCUGCUUGACCAAGUAGUGCAAUCAUUAUUUUUUUUAAUAUUGUUGCUGAUUUCAGAGGGAUAUUCACUAAUAAAUGUAUGAUGUAUACCAAGUGUCACAAAGC